GCGGGAGGAGCACUCCGCCGGCGCCUGCUGCCGGGAUGACCCCGCCAUCGCCAUGCUGCACGCCCUCCCUCACCACGCACGCCCUGCCCCGGGACGUCGCCGUAAGUCCAGGCUGCAGUUAUGCGUUGAUGAAGGAGAGCAUGAAUGCCCACAUAAGUGUUUGGGAGUAUUAAUUCUUCUGACCUUGAAGAAGCAUCAAGACAACAAUGUCACAAGCAGCUCCGAGACAACAUCGCAUUCCUCGGCGGGCCACCACACCCAUGCCCUUCGUCGGCGCAGCAUGGGUUCUGCUCCUUCUCCCCGGCCAACUCUGGUCGCCGUCCGAGCUCUAGCCGGAGGAGGAGUCCCGGAUAAAUCCGUGGAGAUAGCUCACUCAGUAGUACGCCAGGCGCUCAAACACAUGCCCUCAGCGCCGUUGUCAUCAGGUCUCAUAUAUCUAAGAUAUACAUGUCUAAUAGUCUACUAGGAAGCAUGGCAGCCUGCCAACAUGUGGUGGUGACGUAGCACAAGUGACCGGCUGGACCAUGCUCCACCGGCUGCCACCCAUGCGUAGGUGCACGAGGGAGUUGAAGCCUGAGAUAGAGAGGUUUAGAGGGAGGAGAUGAGCGGCUGGCGACCACGUACAACUGCACUCUGGCCCGCGUCACCACCUCGCCAUGCACCCUCCUGCUCGGGCCUCCCCGCCGCCCAGACCAACAAGAUGCGACAGUGCUGCCCGUACCCUUCUCCCUGGUCAGUUCCAUCGCUGGCGCCUGCUGCGGGGUGAGGCUGCCAUGCUGCACGCCCUGCUCCAGGACAUUGCCGUACCUCCAGGCUCCAGUUAUGUGUUGAUGAAGGAGAGCAUGCAUGCCCAGAUAGUUGUUUUGGAGCAUUCUCCCCAGCCAACUCUGGUCGCCAUCCGAGCUCUAAGAGGAGUCCUGGAUAAAUCGGUGGAGAUAGCUCACGCAGAAGUGCGCCGGCCGCUCAAACACAUGCCCUCAGCGUCGUCAUCGUCAGGUGCAACGCUGAGACAAAGGCAGCCAUGUCGAUGCUCAUCUGCAAUGGGUGUUAGAGCCUCUUUACGUACAACCACAGUGCCACUGGAACUGUCUCAACUCCACAAGAGCAGUGAGGAGCGACGACAGGGAGGAAAUGGGCGCGACCGAGCAGGAGGUCAAGAUGGCUUCCCCAAUGUCCAUCGAGGCGGCCUCGGCGCUGCCCUUCAGGAGAUUGUCAACCUCGCCACCCAAAGUUGGAGAGGAUCAAAGGCUGAGUGGACACCCCACAGUCACGCCAUGGCUGAGUUUCCAGUUAACAGAAACUAAGCAUUUGGACCACUCCGGCCUUUUUAGUCUAUAGAGGCGACAUAGGAGCUGUGGUACAUGUGUUGAGGCCCUUCCUCGGUCGUUUGACUUGGCCAAGGUGCUGAGGACCGAGGUCCAUGCUGAUGGCCUCUUAGAGCUUCUUUGCUGCCUGCCACUAGACACCGGGAGAAAGAUGGUGGUGGCCGCAGGGAGCAUGGGAGCUAUGGUGGCAGCUGGACGCUAGGAGCUGUCCGAGGUGGUCGAUGCCAAGAGAAUGGCGGCACAUGAAAAGAAAGGACAUGAUUUUGUCGAAAAGGGCGUCCCUAUUUUCAUCACCUGCUGGUACAAUGCGUGAGGGAAUGACUUGAUCUGGCUGUCCGAUUUGUCUCCUUGUCUCAACAGCAUGCUCUGCUUCAGCUCGCAGGCGACAUAUAGGAGCUGUGGUACAUGUGUUAAGGCCCUUCCUCGGUCGUUUGACUCGGCCAAGGCGAUGAGGACCGAGUUCCAGGGUGAUGCCCUCUUGGAGCUUCUUUGCUGCCUGCCACUUGACACCAGGAGAAAGAUGGUGGCGGCAGCAGGGAGCAUGGGAGCUAUGGUUGCAGCUGGACUCUAGGAGCUGUCCGAUGUGGUCCACGCCAAGGAAGAGAAUGGCGGCACACAAAAAGAAAGGACAUGAAUUUUCCGAAAAGGGCGUCCUAUGGUCAUCGCCUUCUGGUACAAUGCGUGAGGGAAUGACUCAAGCUGGCUGUCUGAUUUGUCUCCUUCCUUGCCUUAACAUCGUGCUUUGCUUCAGGUUGCAGGUUAUGACCUCCCUUCUUACUUCUCACUUCUGGCUGGUUUGCUUUGGUUGGUACAACAAACCGGACGUGUUUGUGGAAGUGCUUAUCAGAGAUGAAAUAUUUGUUUAUGCCUAGCCUUUGUUUCCUUUCUAGGGAUGCAUUCUUAUGCUAGCUGAGAUGCAUAUGGUUUUCCUUUUAGACUAGUGCAUUCUUAUAUAUCUUUGUGAUGUUCAAUUUUGAUGCUGCCAUUUUAAAAUUGAUUGUGGGAUUUCUAAGCAGUUGGGUAUGUACCUGGAGACAUUCAUUUGGUUGUGAAUAUCACUGUAUAGUUAGAUCAGGCCUAAUAAGUAAACCAAUAAGAAGAGAAUGUAGUUUGUGAUUAAAGGUUUCUUAAUAGUCUCUGCAAUCAAUCGUUUAUCUCCUGAUGUAGGAGUACUAGUAGCAGUAGUACCUAACAGUGCAUCUUGUUUUGUUUUAUGUAUUACUAUUCGUAGACCACACCAGGGAGGCCAUCGGUUGCUUCUCUGGAUCUUUCUAUGAAGAAUGGUCAUCAUCAUGUUUUUCUAUUUGGUUGAGUUUAGAUAUGUGGCAUGUGUCAUUUUCUUCUGAUAAAUAUGCCCACAAAUUAGCCCAUGAUGUCCAGCUUUAUUGAAGAAUUGCAGUUUUUAAUAUUUGGGUUACAAAUUUUAAUUGAGAUCCAAAUUUAGAAUAACCGUAGUUACCAUUAAUGAGUAUCACUUCUGAUGGGGUCUUGCUACUCGUGCCCACCGGCGUUGAUGUCGGCAACCUGCUCUGCCUGACCCCCUUCUCCAGAUGCUCAAGGUAUUCCCUAUUCCACUGAAAAAUCGGUUCUUUCUUGUCGCAUGUUGGGCAGAUGUUACAGGUUGCAGUGUUGUAGCUCAGUUCUGGGAGGAAGAUGAUGGUCUGUUUGUAACAUUGAAACACCACCAUGAUUUUUUUUUGUGUCUUCUAGUAGUUGUCAUCAUAUGAAUUCCUUGACAUGAUGUUUGCUAAGAAUAUGACGAGCAAUAUCUGUCUCCUGUGGGAUCGUGUUAUUUGAGCAACUCAUAUUUCUGUGUUGGUACAGUCCAAAAAUGAUACAUGAAAACAGAGCUAGGCAGGUUUGUUUGUAGCAUCUUGGCAUCAAUCAUACCUAUUACUUUUUGUCAGUUCUGUAGAUUAGAUCAGGACAAGUUCAUUGUUCUCCAACGUUAUCCAGUUCUUGAUCAAGCUUCUGAAACCCAUCACAUAUAUUAACACCUGAGCUGAUAGCUAUGAUAUUUUUUGUGUAAUAUAUAACUUCCUCAAAGCUGGUACCUGCACUGCUUGUUUUAACGCUUCAUAUGACUUCCUUUAUUUUCACCUCGGAUGUUCUAAAUUACAACUAUAUUUCUACUCAUUUGCAUGAUAAUUGGCUGAUAUGGAUUGCAAGUGAUAUUCUUCUCGUCUUUUUUUCUUUUGCUACUAUCCUGCUAUUUUCAGUUUACCAUCUUUGCUUAUGCUUAUCCAGUUGCCUCAUGUGAAGGUGAAUCUUUUAUUUGGUAGUGUUGUCGUGCAGGUGACAAGGUGAGCUUGUUCAACUGGUGGCAGUCAGAGGCGACGGAGCAGCGCGUAUGUUGUUGUUCUCCCCAUGAAGAUAUGAUGUGGAUCUGGACACUUGAACCGGCCAGCGGGACAUGCUUUUAUUUGUGAUGUUGCAGUGGAUUAAGUUCUAGUUAGCUAUGCUGGCCUGGAGCAUCUUCAACAGUCUGGAGUAUUUUACCAUUGUGGUGUAUAAUGUUUUUGCUGAAAGGUUUGUAACAAAUAGGUUUUGUUGUGUGAUGUUUGCCUUGUCGAGACAUGCUUGAUGUCCUUAAUACAAACAGUUUGGCAUUA